AUGACAGAGCAAAUAUCACAUAAAAAAUCACUCAGAGUAAGUAGAUUGAAUACAGAUAGGCAGUUGCUAUUAAACAAGUAUCAACAAGAAAAUAAUGAAGAAAAUGGUGUAACGAUAAAAGAUGUGAAUGAAAAUGUAUCUGAUGGGGAUGAUAAUAACGUUAAAAACAGUGCAUCCAAUGAUGGUCCCAGUUUGGACAAACAAGAGGAGGUGAUAGUAGAGGAGCAGGAAAAAGAAAAAGAAUCUUCCAGUUAUACUUUUAAAGAAUUGAUACAAAUCCAUAAUAGGUUAUUAGGUAAGGAACAAGAAACUAAUAAUAUGAUAAAAUCAACAAUAUACGAUAAUUACUACGAUUUAAUAAGAGUUAAUGAUUCUUUAGAAAAUAUUCUUGAUCCAAAUAGCGAUAUUAAUCUCAUGUGGGACGAAUUAAAACAAAAUAUUAAUACUUAA